AUGGGAACUUCAGCGUCCUGUCUUUGGAGCAGAAACACUGGGCAUAAAGAAACAUGUAUAAUUAUGAUUGGGCUUGAUGGCGCAGGGAAAACAACGAUUCUUUAUCAAAUCAAGCUUGGAGAAACUUCAACAUAUAUCCCAACAAUUGGAUUCAAUGUUGAAAGUAUCAACUAUAAAAAUAUACAAUUUUUAGUGUGAGAUAUUGGAGGACAAGAGAGAAUCAGAGUUUUUUGGCCUAAUUAUUAUGAAACCACUGAUGCUGUCAUUUUUGUUGUAGAUUCGAGUGACAUAGAAAGAAUUGAAGAAGCUAAAUACGAACUCCACAAAGCAGCGAAUAAUAGUAUCCUUAGAAAUGCAGCAUUCCUCAUUCUUAGCAACAAAAAUGAUUUGCCCGGGGCAUUAGGAGUCUCAGAGUUAAUUGAUAAGUUAGAUCUAUAUCUGAUUAGAGGCAGAAAUUGGUAUAUUCAAAGUACUUGUGCAACGACUGGAGAUGGGCUUUAUGAAGGGUUAGAAUGGCUUUGAAAUGCAGUUCUUAGUAGAAGGGCAUAA